UUGUAAGGCACAGCACUGCGCAUGCGCCGCUUGACGGGUGGGCAGCUACCCCCUGAACGAAGAAGUUGUCAGUGGGUCACGCUCAGUCUAUCAAUGCCAAAUCCUCACUAUACACUAGUUCUGCUUGAGAUAUUGACAGCUUACUGCUUGCACCUUUUGGAAAUCAGUUGUUGCAGUUGAGUGCUCUUUUAAAUAUUAAUGAGCCAGACGUCCCAAAACGUUUACUGAAGUCGCAUGAUGUGGAUUAAUGUGGAAAAACUUCCUUGACUGGUUAGUAAAAAAAAAAAAAAUUCGUGAGAACACAUUGAGGAAUCGAGCGUAUGGAUUACAAAAGAAGUCAGUGUUGGUUGCUCCGUAUCUCAAGGGAAGACAUUUGAGAAGAGACAUGAAGAUCCGCUCAGAGUUGGAUUGAUGCAAAGUUCGCAGGAAGUUUCUCGCAGGAUUAUGGGAUAUUUUGAAUUUAUGGUUUAUGAGUAUAAAACCUCACCCCUUAUGGCUUUUACGCGUUUUUAUAUGUGUCCUCUUUCCUUUCAAUCCAAAACAAAGCUACUGGAAGUCUUGUGACGGCUGGGGAAACACUGGAUACUUGUCUGGAGCAGUUCUGCUGGACCUAUUGAAUUAACCUCGGGAUUUCUCUGCCCAAUGACAUUUCCAAAGUUGUCAGUUGGGUUCAUUUUUGCAGCGUCUCCUCGUUUUACUUGUUUAAUUUACCGAGUCAUUAAUUUAACAGGUCUAGACCAGACCCUGAGGUAUUUUAGUAGCACAGGUUUGUGUCAGGAUGCGGGGAUGCACGAGAUUCCCGAUAGCCGUCUCGGUGGUGCUGACACUUUUGACCAUCAUUAACGUGAAGGCGAGUGGAGAAUACUGUCACGGUUUUCAUGACGGUCAGGACGCUUGGAGAGACGGCUUUCAGUGUCCGGAGCGCUUCGACAGCGCCGAGGCCAUCAUCUGCUGCGGGAAAUGCGAGCUCAGAUACUGCUGCUCCAGCUCAGAGGCUCGCCUGGACCAGGGCACGUGUGAUAACGACAAGCAGACACAAGACACCAACCCUGGGAACAAGGACGAGAAAAAUUCUGGGGCAGUACCCAUCUAUGUGCCCUUCCUGAUCGUCGGCUCGGUCUUCGUUGCCUUCGUGCUGGUGGGCUCUGUUGUUGCCGUGUGCUGUUGCCGAUGUCUCCGUCCCAAACAGGAACUUUCAUCAGGCGGCAGCUCAGGAGGAGGGUCCAGCAGCGCCCGAGUCCUCGAGACGAUUCCCAUGAUGGCCAGCACAGGUACAUCACGAGGCUCGUCCUCCCGCCAGUCGAGCACGGCCACCUCCUCCAGCUCUUCAGCUCCGCCAGCCGCCCCCCGUCCCGCACCUGCCCCUAUGCUCCGCGCCCAGGCCUCGUGCUGCCUCCCGCCGGACGCCAGCGUCUACGUGAACAUGCCUACCAACUUCUCAGUGCUAAACUGCCAGCAAGCCACUCAAAUCCUUCCUCACCAAGGCCAGUUUCUACAUCCUCAGUACAUCGGAUUCGCCCACGCUGUUUCUCCGGGUCCUGCCUUCCUAGAUCCCUCUCAAGCGGGCUACCGCCCAUUGCAGUCUCCGUACCCUCCGCCAACCAGCGUGGCUAGUGUGACCGGGGAUCAAAAAUACCCUCCGGUUACCAUGUGAAUCCCAAUGGGACCAUCAUAGGAAUAAAAAUCACACACAAAAAAAAGUUCAGGGCACAAAUGAGACUCUCAAACCAGUGCUUUAUCAAACACAACAUCGUUUUCUGUGAUAUAAAGGACACAGUGCUUAAGAAAUGACUGGAUGUGUGUGUAACCUGCCUUGAAAAGUGCUAAUGGUGCCUUUAUAAAUGAAGCCCGUGUGUAUAUAUGCAUUGUAUAUUUGUGUUGUAUAACCGUGCAUGAGCGCUCUGUGUGUGACUGUAUAGGUGUGUUGGUUUAUGAGAUGCAGUAUGUGAAUGUGUGUGUGUAGUGCACUAUAUGUUGUGUGUAAUGGGAAUCACAGGUGCUGUAAUGUGAAAAACAGUCCUGGCUCCCUGUUGGAUGCUUAAAAUCUAAUGAAGUGAACACAGGACACAGACUGUGACGCUCCACCCUCUUGCCCACUGCAACACACACACAUACAGUAGACACACACACUUAAACUUUCGCAUAUACACACUCACAUUCUGCAGAACCAAAGUCAUUUUUGCUUUGCCAAGGAACUGAAUAAAAAAUAUAUACAAAAUAUAGGCCUGUGUUUGGGAAAGCAAUGUGCAAAGGUUAGGGUAGCAAAGAUCAGCGGUCUUCUGUUCUGAAGUCAGUUACGCGGUAAAAAAUGUCUGCCAACUGUU